AUGGUACUAAAAGUCCACUUUGCUCCGUCCUUCUUAGAAUCGCGUUUGAAUGUCCUAGUCAGUGGAAAUUUAGCUAGGUUUUAUGAAAAUAAUUUAGUUCAGAUACCAGAUGAAAUUUUGGUGAAGUAUUUUAGAAAUAAGGGUGCCACUGUCUUGGUAUUUUCGGUUAAUCAAGUUCCAGAGGAAAUCUUUGACUGGGAUUACGAAGCACGGUGUCGGUACGUGGAGUGUGCUAAAAGAGGAACACAGACAAUACACAGAGCGCGUCUGAUGAUCGUGGGCUGUGCCGGAGCUGCACUAACUAAGGGCACAGGAAAAGAUAACAAGCAGAUUCUGAGUGUUGUGGACUUCGGUGGACAAUGCGCCUAUUACGCCUGUCAUCAAGUUUUUCUCAGCAGAAGAGCAUUUUACCUUCUGGUUUUGGACAUGUCCAAAUCUUUCAGUGAAAAGGUUGAUGAAAGUCGAUGUGAACAAAAUGGGACAAUCUUUGCGGACUGGACUUACGGAAGAUAUGCAAGGUUCUGGCUAAAUUCAAUCCACACAUAUUGUGCAGAGGAUACGACAGUGAUUGUUGUAGCAACACACAGCGAAAAUACAAAUGAAAAGGAUAAAGGCGAGUUCUUUGAUAGACUUUUGGAUUUGCUUCCGGCAUAUGAUGCAAAUCUUAAGAAGCAUUUCCACCCGGAUAGAUGUUUCUUUAUCGGUCUACCUAUUGAUGAUACCGGCUGCUUGGAUCCUUUAUCUGACUUAGAAAACUACAUUGUUUCCACCGCCAGGGAACACAGAUGGAAAGAAUCUAUUCCCAAAGAAUGGUCAAUUAUUGAAUUAGUUUUCAUUAAGCUGAAAAAAGAGUCAAUUCAAAGGAUUAUCCCAGUCUGGGAGCUUGAGAAGAAAUAUUGGCCUGAUUCGAAAGAUGCUCGUGUGAAGGUACAGGAUGCUUUACGCUUUUUUAAUGACAUCGGUUUGAUUCUUUACUUCAAUGAAAAGGAACUGUCAAAAUCACUUGUUAUCGAUGUCCAGUGGUUCGUUGAUUCUUUCAAGUUCAUCAUAUCAGACUAGAAGCACGU